UCCUAUUAAUAUUACAUUUUCUUUAAUUCAUCUUACUAUUUUAAGAGAAAGACAAAAAUUUGAAGUUGAAAUUAGUGAAAAAUGGGAUGAAAAAUGGGAGAUGGAUUUACAUCAAAAAGUUGAUAUAUACAUUAAAUUCUUUGUUGAAAUUUAUCCGAAAUGGCAAGAAUGGCGUAAACAACAAAUUAUCAUAAAAACAGGAAUAAACGAACAAAAAAAAGCAUUUGGAGAAGUCAUUGAUACGAUUACGAAAAGAUCAGUUUCUUACAUGCCUGUAGAAACCCCAUAUCCAAAUAAAUCAUUUUUCGUUAAUGUAUGUGAUAGAACAAAGCGUAGAUUAUUUAAUGAAUCGAAUGCAGAAUUCAUGAAAAUUUACAUGUACACAUUUACAUUAAAUAAAUUUAAAGUAGGAUAUCAUGAAUAUCCUACAAUCGCUAAUCCUUCUUCCGUUGGUACUUUAUGGCUUGGAGUUUAUGGAAGAGAUACAUUUCCAGAUGGAACUCAUAUAUCAGAUGAUGCUGAAGUAAAAUAUGAACUUAGUACUGAUAAACCUGAUAUGAUAACAGGUAUAAAUAUUUAUGAAUAUAAUAUUAUAGACGCCCUUAAAUUUUUUUAUAACAAUCGUUCUGGUACUCUCGUGGGAAAUUCUAAAGGUGGUCAUUUAACCACAAUUCGUGGAUUAAAGAAUCAAUACAAUUACGUUAUUGCUGUAGAUUUAUAUUUUAAUUAUCGAAUUCUUUGUGCUAUUGAAUUUCAUUUUUCAAAUGGUGAAUCUACUGGUAUAUUAGGAAAUAGAAUUAAAGCUGAUUCUAAAAAAGUUAGUUGUGGUCCAAUUGGUAAAAAUAAUGAUUUUAAAUUAAUUGGAGUUUCAAUGGCAAGUGGUAAAGCUGAUCCCCCUGAAUGUUCUGAAGGUGUUGCUUAUAUUUCUUUAUGUUUUCAACAUGUUCGCAUUGCCGAACAAAUCGAAUGAAUGUUUUAGUUUUUAUAAUACGUAUUUAUAUAUAUUAAACAACAUAA